AUGUCAGAUUUAGGAUUUGAUACUACAUUAAAGAAGAAGAAGAAAUCAAAGAAGCCAUCUUCUGAGUCCCCUGCUGUCGAUGCAGCUGGCUCAACAGAGUCUACACCACAACCAGCCGAUGCUUCAGUAGAUGAUUUGUUUUCUGGCUUGAAGAAAAAGAAGAAAUCAAGCUCAUCUAAAAAGUCAGUUGAAAAAUCUGAAUCUCCAUCUGUAGACGAAGAUUUGAGUUCAUCAUUAGGUGAUUUGUCAUUGAAAAAGAAAAAGAAGAAGUCAACCAAGAGUUUGGGUGUCGAUGAAUUUGAACAACAAUUAGAAGAAGCUGGUGUUGAAGAAAAUACAGACAAUGGCAGUGCUAGUAAUGGCACCAAAGAUCAAUCCACAAUUGGUUUGUCUUAUCCGGAUUUAUUAUCUCGUUUCUUUACUAUUUUGAAAACCAACAACCCAGAAUUGGCUGGUGAUAGAUCAGGUCCAAAAUUCCGUAUUCCACCUCCAGUAGUUCAAAGAGAAGGUUCCAAGAAGACCAUGUUUGCCAAUGUUCAAGAAAUUGCUUUAGUUUUACAAAGAAGUCCAGAACAUUUAAUUCAAUAUUUAUUUGCUGAAUUGGGUACCACUGGUUCCAUAGAUGGUGAAAAGAGAUUGAUUUUGAAAGGUAAGUUCCAACCAAAACAAAUGGAAUCAGUUUUGAGAAGAUACAUCAUUGAAUAUGUCACAUGUAAGACUUGUAAGAGUAUGAAUACCGAGUUGAAGAGAGAAAGUGCCAACCGUUUGCACUUCUUGAGUUGUAAGGCUUGUGGUUCUACCAGAUCCGUAUCUUCCAUCAAGACCGGGUUCCAAGCCCAAAUUGGGAAAAGAAAGAAAUUCUAA